GUCUGGAGCAUUCCUGAGCACUGAGGUGGAGGCUGCAGUCUGACGGCCAUGGGGCCCUGCCGCUGCCUGCUCCUGCUGCUCCUCGCCGUGGCCCCGCACGCCCAGCAGCAGCAGUUCAUGGAGUACGUGGAGCGACGACUCACCCUCCUGGAGGAGAGGAUCUCACAGUGGCAUGACCAGAGCAGCCGCUACUCCACGGAACUGCGGGACUUCAAGAACCAGGUGCUGGGGAUGCUUGAGACAGCAGAGAAGGAGCGGGAGGUGAUGAGGGCGGAGGCAGAGAGCGCAGCGGUGCGUGUGGACCGGCUGGAGCGGGAGGUGGACUACCUGGAGACACAGAACCCCGCGCCGCCCUGCGUGGAGGUGGACGAGACGUUGAUGGAGAAGCAAGUGGCCACAGCAAAGCAGAGAAAGAAUGAGAAAUACACCAAGCUGACAGACUGCAGCGACACCAUUGCAAGUGUCAGAGCCAUGAAGAUCCUGAAGCGUUUUGGUGGCACCUCAGGGCUCUGGACCAAGGAUGCUGCAGGGAACUCUGAAAAGAUCUACGUCUUCGACGGCACAGCCAAUGACACUGUGUACGUCUUCCCCCGCAUGAGGGAGUUCACCCUCUUCUCUGCCACCCGCAAGGCUGCCCGCAUCAAGCUGCCCUACCCCUGGGUGGGCACUGGGCACCUCAUCUACAAUGGGCACCUCUACUACAUCCGCCAGCAGGGCCCCUUCCAGGUGAUCAAGUUCAACCUGGCCAACAAGACGGUGGUGGACAGCUCAGUGUUCCCAGCCGAGGAGCAAAUCCCUGUCUUUGGGCUCUCUCCCUUCACCUACAUCGAGAUAGCGGCAGAUGAGGAGGGGCUCUGGGCCAUCUAUGCCACCAAGGAGGAUGAGAAGAACAUAUGCCUGGCCAAGCUAGACCCCACCUCGCUGGACAUUGAGCAGAUGUGGGACACACCAUGCCCACGGGAGAACGCCGAGGCGGCCUUUGUGGUGUGCGGGGCGCUGCACGUGGUGUACAACACACGGCUGCCCAGCCGCUCCCGCGUGCAGUGCGUCUUUGACGUCAGCGGCACGCUGGCCCCUGAGGAUGCCUCCCUCGUCUACUUCCCCAAGCGCUACGGCUCCCACUCCAGCAUGAAGUACAGCCCCCAGGAGAGGCAGAUCUAUGCCUGGGAUGACGGCUACCAGAUCAUCUACCGCAUGGAGAUGAAGAAGAAGCUGCAGGUCUGAGGGGCCAUGGCAGGAUGUCCUCCCACGUCCAGCCGCUCCCACCCAGACAAGAGUGGCUCUGCCCAUCCCACCCCAUGGGGUGCAGCCAGCCCAAGCAUGGGAGGGCAUCUCUGCCCCAUCCCCCAUCACUGUGAAAUGAUGAUGUGCUGGACCUCUGUCCCUGGCCACCCUCACCCAUCUGUCCCUGACUGGGACCACCCUGCAGAAACCUGGACUAAUUUAAUGAGAUAUUUUGCUCUGUGAUGUAAUGAAUAAAUACCCUGCAGCCACCUGCCUGGGGGGAACACGGUGUGCUGGGGCCAAGCUGCCAGAGCCACAAGCUCCAUGUUGUCCCAGUCACCCCAGAAAGCACUUCCCAAGGGUGGGGUGUCCAUGCAGGACAGAUCAGUGACCACAGGCAGCUCCUUGGGCUGGGGAUCUGGGCAGGGUGGCUGGACAGGGGAUUGGGCUGGGACUUUGGGCAGGAACUUAAGUGGGAGCUUUGGGUCAGCUCCUGCUGCAGCCAGGGCCAGCCUGUUCUGCAUAUACAAAUCUGUGAGGACAUUAAUCUGAGAGGAUAACUGGAGGUCUCCCGUGCACAAUGGGGCAGUGUCCCAGCCAGCAGGCACCAUAAGUUGCUGAUUUCCUGAGUUCCUGUUUAGUGAAGCCCAGUCAUGUCCCUCCUGCAUCUGCAGGGUCACCCUUAGGUAAGGUCCCUGAGCUCCUUCCCAUCCCUGUUUCACCAGCGCUGAGUCUCGGCAUAGCCCCACAGCUGCUUGCUCUCAGCAUUCCCCCAUACCCACCCCGAGGCAAGCCGUCCUGCCAUGAGGAGGUGACUUGGUAUUUGCUUCAAGUUCUUCUCUAUUAUAAUUAAAAUCUCUUCUGGUUGCAUAAGAAAGAAUGUUUGAAUACACACUUUGAAUGACUGUAAUUGGAUGGUGCUGAAAGUUCAACAC